GAUCGCGCGCGCCGAAGUAGUGUGGAGUAGUGUGCCGUGGAAAACGUCGGACGUCGUCGUCGCUGUCCGUCACCCGGACGAACGAUUCAAAAGGGUGUGCGUGCGCGUGACCGUGGAUUCUCGCAGCCGAGGAGAGUAAAGAGGAACGGACUUGGAGAGAACGAGGAGAAGAGCUUCGCGGUAAAAGCGGCCGAAGGGAUAGGAAAAAUCGCGUUGUCACGGUACACCCUGUCGUCGUCGUCGUCGUUCCCGUCGCUUCCUUCAACGUCGUCCGAGAGAGUGAUCCGAGCCGCGGAAAUGGCAGUCGGUGCACAGAUCGACACGUCCGAGCGGGAGACCGGCAGCGCGAAGAUACCCCUGCUGAACGGCGACCAGGUCCACGAGGCGACGGAGGUGACCGAGGUGAAGAGGGAAACAGAGGAGAGCGGAAGCACGAGCACGGCCACGGAGAACGUUGUGGAAAAGGGAGAGGUUGAGGCGACGAAGGAAGGUGAAAAGGAGAAGGAUGAAGACAAUAAAAGUAGUGAUAAAAACGAGAAGGAAGCAGACAAGGAGAAGGAUGCCACGAAUGAGCAAGAAGUUGUUUUUAUUCAGGACACGGGCUUCACCGUCAAGAUCGUCAGCCCCGGUUCUGAACCUUUUGACAUUCAAGUGUCCAGCAUGGAGCUCGUACAGGAAAUUCAUCAGUUACUCAUGGAUCGCGAAGACACGUGUCACCGCACGUGCUUUUCACUGCAGCUGGAAGGCAACACGUUGGACAACUUCGCCGAACUGAAGAAUAUCGAAGGCCUGAAGGACGGUUCGAUCAUCAGGGUGGUGGAGGAGCCCUACACGAUGCGGGAGGCGCGCAUACACGUGCGACACGUGCGCGACCUGCUGAAGUCCGUAGAUCCCGCGGACGCUUACAAUGGCGUCGAGUGCAGCAGCCUGUCGUUUCUCAAUGUCGUCACGAACGGCGACAUCCUGGAGAAGAAGAAGACCCGGGCUGAUUCGGUCGAUUGCACGCCGCCCGACUACAUUAUACCCGGUAGUAGGGACAGGCCCCUGUUGCCCCUCCAGCCGCAGGCGAAGGAGCAGAAGUGCCCACCGUGUCUCAAGGUUCUAACAACGUCAGGAUGGAAUCCACCACCUGGCCACAGAAAGCUUCACGGCGAUCUGAUAUACUUGCACGUGGUCACGUUGGAGGACAAGCAAUACUAUCUGACUGCGUGCGCCAGAGGAUUCUUUGUCAACCAAUCGACCAAAGAAGUGUUUAAUCCUAAACCAGCCACGCCUAGCCACUUAUGCCACAGUCUGAUCGAGCUCCUGAAUCAACUCAGUCCAGCCUUCAAGCGGGGAUUUGCCUCUAUGCAACGACGCAGAACUCAGAGGCAUCCCUUCGAGCGGGUGGCCACGCCCUAUCAAUUGUACGCCUGGAGCGCGCCGCAAAUUGAACACACCAUUGACGCCAUUCGCGCGGAAGACACUUUUUCCUCUAAGUUGGGAUACGAGGAACACAUCCCGGGACAGACACGCGAUUGGAACGAGGAACUGCAAACCACGAGGGAACUACCGCGUAAAAAUCUUCCCGAAAGAUUGCUGCGAGAACGUGCCAUCUUUAAAGUCCAUAGCGAUUUCGUGGCGGCGGCGACCCGCGGAGCGAUGGCGGUUAUCGAUGGCAACGUGAUGGCGAUUAACCCGGGCGAGGAGGCCAAAAUGCAGAUGUUCAUCUGGAACAAUAUUUUCUUCUCGCUCGGCUUCGACGUCCGCGAUCACUACAAAGAGUUGGGUGGUGACGCCGCCGCCUUCGUUGCACCUCGCAAUGAUCUACAAGGCGUCCGAGUUUACGCGGCCGUGGACUUGCCCGGUCUCUACACUCUCGGCACCGUCGUCAUCGAUUACAGAGGCUACCGCGUCACCGCGCAAUCUAUCAUACCAGGUAUACUGGAACGCGAGCAAGAACAAUCGGUGGUCUAUGGCUCAAUUGAUUUUGGGAAGACUGUUCUCACGCAUCCCAAGUAUCUUGAACUGUUGAGCAAGGCUGGAACGCAGUUGAAGAUCCUUCCUCAUAAAGUAAUCAACGACGCAAGCGAGGAAAUCGAACUUUGCAGCAGCGUCGAGUGUAAGGGUAUCAUCGGUAACGAUUCGCGGCAUUAUGUGCUCGAUCUGUUGAGGACUUUCCCACCCGAUGUAAAUUUUCUGAAACUCGAAGGUGUGGAACUGAGCAAAGAAGCGCGAGCCUUGGGUUUCCCAGUGGAGCACAAGCACAGACUGGCCUGUCUACGGCAGGAGCUCAUAGACUCGUUCGUCGAGGCCAGGUACGUUCAGUUUAUCAAGCAUGCGGCCGUUCACCUCCAACAGCUUACGUCAGCUAGAAGAUCUCAAAAGGAAAAAGAGUCGACUACCAAGGAAGAUAAGAAAGAGGACAAAAAGGAAGACUCGACUGCCGUUGUGACGAUGGACAGCAACAAGGAAGACUGCGCUUCAUCUCUAAUAGAGGCCGACGAGGCUAAGAAGAUUGUCGAGAGCAUCACCGACUCGAUCACGGGUGGUGAGAAACAAGAGCUGGAGGAGAGCACGAAGGAGAUAGUGCGAAGAGCGGCGGUGGCGGUGGGCAGUCUGCGCGACGCCGAGUUCGACGUGCGAUUCAAUCCGGAUGUGUUCUCUCCCGGUGUCAGGCAUCCGGAUCCUAACGGCCCCGAUCUGAAGAAGCAGAAGCAGCUGGUAAAGGACGCGGCGGACUUCUUGCUCACGAUGCAGCUGCCGACAUUCAUUCGGGAAUGCCUGGAUCACACAGCGGCCGCGAUGGACGGUAGUACGUUAGUGGAGUCUCUUCACGGUAGAGGCAUUAAUGUUCGCUACCUCGGUAAACUGGCGGCUAUGUUAGCCGCGGUGCCGCAGUUGCAGUAUCUCAACCACAUCGCUGUAUCCGAGCUGAUUCUCCGAUCGGCCAAACACAUUUUCACCUCUUACAUGCAGGGUACGGAACUGAUGAGUUUGUCCGCGGCCGUUAGCCACUUCCUGAAUUGUUUAUUGUCUUCAGCACAGAUUAUUCACCCGCAACAAAAUCUAGAAGAGCUUCAGAGCAAAACUGCCAAACGCCGCAAUAAACGUAAGGGGAGGAACAACGGACCGCAGCAGUCGGAAGUGGAAUGGGCGUCGUUGACGCCUAAAUCGCUGUGGCAGCAAAUUAAGGGUGACUUGAAGGCCUAUUACGACUGGGAAACGCCGUGCCCGGAGUCUCUGGAAGCCACGAUAGAACAUUUCUAUCUACAAAAGAUUUCACUGCUGCGCGGCUUCUGCAUCAAGACCGGCAUUCAGAUACUGUUGCGCGAAUACAACUUCGAAAACAAGAACCGCGCAACGUUCUUCGAAGAAGAUAUAUUGAACAUCUUCCCCGUCGUCAAACAUAUCAAUCCUAGAGCUAGCGAUGCGUACAACUUUUACACCACUGGCCAAAGCAAGAUCCAACAGGGUUACUUAAAGGAUGGCUACGAGCUGAUCAGCGAGGCGCUCAAUCUUCUGAAUAACGUCUACGGUGCCAUGCAUCCCGAAAUUGCGCAGUGUCUUAGAAUGCUGGCGAGACUGAAUUACAUAAUGGGUGAUCACGCGGAGGCACUUGCCACUCAGCAGAAGGCAGUGCUCAUGUCGGAGAGAGUCAACGGCAUCGAUCAUCCGUACACCAUCACAGAAUACAUACAUCUCGCCUUGUAUUCCUUUGCCAACGGGCAAGUAUCUGUAUCAUUAAGAUUAUUGUACAGAGCACGUUAUCUAGCAUUGUUAGUCUGCGGUGAGGAUCAUCCGGAAGUGGCCUUGCUUGAUAGCAACAUCUCGCUGAUUCUGCACGCGGUCGGCGAGUACGAGUUGUCGCUGCGUUUUCUGGAGCAUGCGUUAGCCUUGAAUCUACGUUAUCACGGUCCUCAUUCGUUGAAGGUCGCCGUGUCAUAUCAUUUAGUGGCGCGCACGCAGUCAUGCAUGGGCGACUUCCGGGCGGCGCUGAACAACGAGAAGGAGACCUAUGCGAUUUACAAGCAGCAAUUGGGCGAGGAGCACGAGAAAACGAAGGAGAGCAGCGACUGCCUGCGCCACCUCACUCAGCAGGCGGUCGUGCUGCAAAAGAAGAUGAACGAGAUCUACACGGGCAAGUCGGGUGUGAGCCUGCCGCCGAUUCAGGUGCAGCCGCCCAGCAUGGGCUCGGUGCUGGACAUGCUUAACGUCAUCAACGGCAUCCUCUUCGUGCAGAUCAGCCAGCAGGACAUUGAUAACUUCAAAGCGGAGAUCGAGAAGCGGCAGAAGGAACAGUCGCCGGACAGCGGCGAGGUCGUCGUGGCGAUUGCCGAAAAGGGCGCCAAGAAGGACGACAUGGAGGUGAAGAAGGCGACUGAGAGGAACGUCGAGAAGGUCGAGCAGAAUACGACGAUAAAAGACUUGGAAGCUAGCAAAAUUGAUGCCUUGGAGUCGGACGUGGCGGCGAAGAGCUGAGUCCUUCGUUUGCCGACGAACAUUAGUAGUCUUUCCUUCCUUUUUUUCUAAGCCCUAGUCCUCCGGUCGUGGAAGAUGACGACUCUCGCGCGAGGAUCGUCGCGUACGUUGUACACACACAUACUUGCACCGUUUUCUGUUAUAUCGUUCAAACGCAAUCAGGAGACUCCGAAAACAAAACAAAAAAACAAAAAAAAACAAAGAGAGACGAGACGCAAGAUUGCCGUCGUUGAUAUAGUGUGUUCGUGAAGGCAGGGAUAUAUCCGCCGAGGUUGAAUUUGCAUGCGAGACGCACAUUUUAUCUGUUGUCAUUAUCAAAUGUACAUAGACACGAGUGCCAUGUCGCUUAAAGGGGAGCAAUCUUCAAAACGAAGAUUACGUCUUCGAAAAGUCAAUAAAUAUAUAUAUAAAAAGAUUGCCCCCUUUUCGCUGUCGCGCGAAAUCAAAAAAGCAGUACGAUUUCUUCGCCUGCGCGCGAGCGACCACGCAUUUUUUUUUCCUUCAAAGGCUCAAGUUGUUUAUCAUGCAAAAUACCGGUGAUACGAUACGUCGACGGUACCGGUCAUUAAUUCGUCAGAUUAAGUAACGUUCGAACGCUCGAUCAGAAUUCGUAUUAGACUCUCGAAACCAAUUGCCAUCGUUUCUUUUUUUUUUCUUCCUGUUAGUAAACCGAAUUCGCAUUCUUUCCACGUAUUCUUUUUCCCGAAUGUAUAUUAGUGCUCAUUAAAGGCCUUCGUGUACUCAUAAGUUUAUUCAAAGCAUGCAUAAGCAGAUGGGUUCGCAAGACGUUAAGUACAAUUUAGCACGUUGCUUGAUUAAAUAUACGUUGAAUACAUUUCGUCAAUUAUGUUAAUUGCGCAACGUGAAUGUGUAUACACGCAGGUUUUUAAUCUGCAUUAAUACGUUACGUAACCAUUAUUUGCGAAUUCGCUUCCAGUGAUGUUCUUUCCUUUCGUUCCUUUCAUUUGUUCUUUCCUUUCUUUUUGCGAGAUCGCCAUUUUGCGCCAUUUUAGUUAUGUUAUUUCAUUCUAAUUGCCGCUGAUAAGAAAAGAAGAAAAAGAAAGUAUUACUACUUCUAUCUACGAACAUAGUUCGUCCGCUUUCUAUCUCUUGUUACAGCAAUUCGCGAUAAGGUGCUUCCUCUUAUUUUUAUGGAAUAUUGUCGAAUUUGGGUUUUUUUUUUGGUUGCCUGUUCAAUGUGUAAAGAUAUACUACGCAUCUUUAAAUUCAUCGCAUUGAGAGUGAUGGUUGAUGAGAGUGUGAUGUAGCGAAUGGCGUUCUUAUUCGAUGUAAUUUUGGACGUUAAUGGCCAAUUUGUUAAUUAAUCGAGUCGUAGCCGAUUUCGAGUUUCGCGAUUAUAGUCUUAGGACCGUAAAGGAAAGCGAUUGUUACCCUGCGCUGUUAAUAUUACUUAUUAGUUCGUUUCGCCGGCUCCGCACGGAUCCGUCCGCGGCCAGGUCCAGAAGUCUCUCGCCGCGGUCUCUUCGACCGAAGAGCAAUAUGUGCCGCGACAUAGUCGAUAGUCCUGAUUUAAGUAGCCGAGUGUCGCGGGGUUUUCGCGAUUUUGAUUUAUUGAAGAAAAUAGUACCGAUUAUAUAUAUAUAUAUAUAUUUUUUUUUUUUUUCCGUUGCAGCCCUCGUAGAUUUUACGCGAGAUUUCGCGGGCCUGAAGAGACGCGCCAGCAACUCUUCUUGCGCGUGACAGUGAAAGAACGAUCAAUUAAUCAGUCAUAGUCAGUCGAUCGAUCGUCGAUCUCCACCGCUGUCUCUCUCGACGGAUGCAUACUUUCGCAUCGCAAUAAUAAUCAUAAUGACAAAAAUUACCGCAUUGCACUUAGUCAAAUUGUACUAUAAAGAGAGAAUAGUAAUAAUUAUAUAGGGGAGGGGGGGUCUAUUAAACAAUUAAAAAAAAAGUUGCGCGAAAACUUUACAUAUAUCAUGAAAUAAAAAGAAGACGUUACAUAAAUCUGGUUUACAUAUACUUUCCUGUUGCAGACUUUUCUUUGACAUGUUGCAUGGAAUAAAAUUGUUUUAUAUG